AUCUCUGGAUAUUUCACUUGAAUUUCACGCUUAACAAUCCCCACUGCUUUGUCUUCUGAGUUUCUCGUGAAAUUGAAUUUCACUGGAAAAAAAUUUUUAGCGAGGAUUUCUGUUUGUAUAACCGCUACAGUUGAGUGUCUUAGACGAUCGAACAGAGCUUUCGAACAAUCGGCCUGCACGGGACUCCGUUUUCUGUCAAACAAGAAGAAAACACAUCUGGGCCACAGAGUAUCCAUGGGAGCCUUUUCAAGGAACACGUUCCUGGAAUGAAAUCUAAUGAAGAAUGAGACAUGUAGGAGAAUGUGUACAAGAGCACCUGGAUACUUGUUCUACGCGGCAGUCAUUUUCGCAACGUGCUGCCGAGGAAUAUCGGCAACGGCUGAGACGCACGAGUUCCGCCUUCUCAGGGAUCUUUUCGAACAUUACGAUAAAGAAGUGAGACCAGUCUUCAACACAAGUAGCCCUGUACACGUCAAGUUUAGUUUGAGUUUGAUACAAAUUAUAUCAGUGAACAGCAAGUCUCAACUUCUGACCCUCAACGUCUGGAUUAGACAGAAAUGGAUAAAUCCAAUGUUAGGAUGGAACGCAUCCAAAUAUGGUGGAAUAAAAUCAGUAAAUGUGCACCCUUCCAAAGUAUGGAUACCUGACGUCAUUCUUUAUAAUAACGCUGAUGACAGCAACGGAGGUGGACUAGAAAAAUAUAAGACUGCUGUAAUUUUGUCUGAUGAUGGAACAAAUGAGUGGAACGCACCUGCAUCUUUUACAAGCACUUGUAAGAUUAACGUGGCUAACUUCCCAUUUGACAAGCAGAACUGUUCGCUGAAAUUUGGCUCAUGGACGUUCCAAGGUGACCGCUUGACAAUGGAGUCGGAAUCACCAUCUGCUGACUUAAAAUUAUACCUACAAAAUGGAGAGUGGAACCUCAUUGCAAUGCCAGCGAAAUUAAAUAAAGUGUAUUAUAACUGCUGCCGAUAUCCCUAUCAUGAUGUGACACUGAAUUUGAUCAUCAAAAGAAAGCCUCUAUAUUAUGUUUUUAACUUAAUCCUACCCUGCGCUUUGAUUUCCACACUUACACUGAUCAAGUUCUUUCUACCGCCAGAAUCUGGGGAAAAAGUCGGUUUGGGAAUCACGGUGUUGUUAGCGAUGACUGUUUUCUUGUUACUCGUAGCUGAGACACUUCCCGCAACUUCAGACGAUGUUCCGUUACUUGGUCAGUAUUUCAUCGCCACAAUGUUUGUCACUGCAAUGUCACUUGUCAGUACAUGUACCAUUUUGAACUUUUUCCACCGUAGUCCGUCGACUUCACCAAUGCCUCAGUGGGUCCGAGUUAUCAUUCUUGGCUACAUGGCAAAAGUGUUUUGCUUCCCAAACGACAAAGAGGAGGAAAUUAAAGUUACACCCAAAACCAAAAGAAGAAAAAUCGAAUUUGACUUAAACGGCGAUGUUGUGUGCGACGACGAUACGUACAUGACAGUUCAAGAGCUCGAGAAUUCAUCCAGGUUUCGAGAUGACAUGUCCGUCAUAUAUCAGAGUGGUCGAAGUACUCCAAGCAGGCGAAGUGCCCGCAGUAUGAGUAUCGUUGCGGGUCACAGCUCGUUCACUGAGAGGCUCCUCGAGGACAUAAGCAUUCUGGCCGACGAUGUUCGUGCCAGACAAGAAGACGACAGGCAAAGGGAGGAAUGGCGCAUUGCUGCUCUCAUCAUGGAUAGGAUGUUUUUCUGGUUGUUCUUGUUCAUAACUUCCCUUUCAACAUUUUUAAUUUUCUUCCGAGAAACCGUCAUGGGUUGAACUGAAUGAGGCGAAAAGAAAAUAACACGAAGAGAACCUUAAGUCAGUAAUUUCGAACUUGAUUUACAAACUGAUCCCCACAAGUGGAAGCUCAACAAUGCCCCAGAACAAUUCAGAAAUAAGUUCAUGAAAUAUUGCAAAGUGCUGUGCAUAGGCUUUUGGCGUAUCUAAAUUUUUCAAAUGCUUCUUUGUGUAGUGCAGAUCGCACAUUUAAUUUCUAAAGUAAGCAAAACUAGUUGUAUGUGGAUAAACAGACAAAACCUUUUUCGCGUCACGCAAUAUCUUUAGUAGCUUCGAUUUAACUUGUUUAACUUGUUUCACUUGUUUAACUUGCUUAUUAUUUGAUGAGUAGAAACAGACGCUGUGUCUUCUCAGUACUUCUUUGUUCAUAAUAAUUAAGCUAAGAUCUUUUCGAGGCUAUUUGAAUGAGUCAAUAACCUCUUACAAUUAGAAAUGAAGAGAAAUUAAAGCAAACUCUGCGUUUUAA